AUGCCUCGCCCAGAGACCCCUGAUACGUCAGGCUCAAGCCCAGGAAUGUCAACACCAGACUCUCACCCUCACUCUACUCCCCCGACUGAUCUCAGAGGCCUCGACUCCGACUCUGGGACCUCGAGGUUCACCAUCGGAAGGCAAUUCGCCAUCAUGUCCCAGAACAACGAAUCUCCCAGUCUGCGUGGGGCCCGGAUCUGGGCUGCCAGCAACGCUCGCGGUGGUGGCCAGGACCAGUCCUCUUCUCCUCCUGCGUCUGACUCUCCUUGGAACCGAGUGUCGGCUGGAUCUUCCAGUACUGUUGUCCCUCCUCGAUCUCACCCCUCUGGCACCAACGUCCUCAGCUAUAUGACAGCUGGUGGCAGCGUCGAGCAGCAGGAACCAGCUCCUCAGUCUCGUGUCGCCCAGUUCCUCCUCCAGAACCCUCCUCCCGGUGCCCCUCUUCGUCAGCCAACUGCUCCUCCCGCCGACCAUGCCACCUCGACCAACACUCGUCAGGAGUUUGACGCUUCCAUCUGGGAGGGCCUCUCUCGUUUCUCUCACCUCUCGAUGAACGACCAGUCUCCCGCUCCCCGUCGUGUCCAAGCCCCUGAGACACCUCAGCAGCCUCAGUACCAUCCCGUCUGGAACAGCCAGAACUUCGACAACCAGAGCUUCGACAAUCACAACUCGGCCGAGACCGUCAUCUUCCAGAGCCCACCAGCUCAGCAGCAGUCGCCUUCGUCUCCUCGUGGUUUCCGUCCCAUGGCUGCCAUCUCGCACAAUGACAGAGCCUUUGGCGCCCGCAUCAACCCUCGUGAGGUCCUCCCCGCCGACCCUCGAGCCUUCUCGACCAACUAUCGCGGAGAGCAUAGCGUCCGCAACGCCAGUGUUGACGACCUGCCUUUCGAGCAGAACUGCGCUCUCUGGCUGACCAACCUCCCCCCCGACGUCACCUACCAGCAGCUCCUGGCUCAGAUCCGCAAUGUCGGCCGCAUCUGGUGCACCGUCAUCAACGCCCCCGACUAUGAUCGCCACAACACGGCCGCCGCCAAGGUCGUUUUCUUCACACCUGGUCCUGCUCAGCGCCUCCUCCAGAAGUCGCUCACCCAAGGCCUCGAGGUCAACGGCUACGCCGUCAAGGUCACCCACAACCGGGUCAAGUACGGCGCACAGACGCUGACGGGGAACGCCUCUCGCGUCCUCAUCGUCACCGGUAAGACGACGUUUGUCAACCCCGAGAGCCUGACCGAGUUCUUCAAGGCGCGCUUCGUCUUCGAGGUGGACGAGAUCAUCGAGCUCAUCAACCAGGGCAAUCGUCACAAGGGCGGGCGCUCCGUCGUCGAGUACAAGUUUGGAAGCUUCCGGUGCCAGGCGCAGAUGGGCAAGAUGGCCCUUGAGAAGGACAGACCCGAGGGUUUCGAAAAGGUCGACUUUGGUCCUGACCCCUGCGAGGUGGGCGACACUCUCGCUUCGUACGGGAUCGCUGCGGAGCGCAUCCAGGGCAAGGGUAUCUGA